UAGGCUGAUUUUCUGGAGUUUUCUUUGCUUCCGACGUUGUUUAUUUUUAGUACAAUUUACGACAUGUAAAGGUCAAGUGUCAGUGCUGGAAGUGAGUCGAAUUCAUGCUUCUUAAUUGUAUUAUCGCCCAGUUGAAAAAAUGGUAAAUCACAAGAAAAGACAGAAAAAUCCCAAAAACAAGAAUACAAAGACGGUUUUGACCUUCGAUGAAACAUCCAGACGAGACUUCUGUACAGGAUUUAAAAAACGCAAAGAUGAUCGGAGAAAAAAAGCUCAAGAACAGUUGUUGAUAGAAUAUAAAGAAGAAAGAAAUAAAAUAAAACAGAAGAAGAGAAAUGAGAGAAAGGAGAUGCUAGAGAAUCAACCAGUAGCUGUACCUGAGGUGGCUCACCUUGUGGACCAGAUGGAAUACAAGACCUACCAACUGCCUCGUCACACUGUCACAAUUGCCGAUGUCACACCAAUUGACUUCAAUGCAGAUUCAACAAGACUUGGCACUAAUCUGGGGUCCAAUGAAUCAGAUGGUGAUAACAAUGAUGAUGAUGAUGAUGACGAUGAUUCCGAAGAUGAAAAUGAAGCUAAAAAAGAUAUACAUGAUAAAUAUCAAAAAAAGAUAAAGAAAUACAAAGAUGAAAUGAAAAAAUUAAGUUCCAAGCCUGCUAAAUCAUCCCAUAAACCUAAGAAACAGAAAAACUUUGCCCAAUUGAUGGGUUUACAUAAAAAGAAGAAACCAACAAAGGAUCGGGCAAUGAAAAACAAUAAGCACAAGAAACGACAACCCCGUCGAUGAUAUAACUUCUGAUAUAACUUCUUAUAUUGAAUUUAACUGUGUUAUCUUUUAAUGGAUGAUAGCUCUUGGGAAUGACAAUGAAAAUGGAGCUCUCAGCCCAGAUGCCACCAAAAUCAAAUUCUGUUUUGAGCUGAGGUUACAUCAAAUGACUCAUCAGUGGCAUACUAUAGUGUCAAAGAUGUCCAUAGUGUAAUAUUACAUACCACCACCACCCACAGAUAUACGGGUCUCCCAAAUAAACCGAAUGGAGAUGACUAGACCAUAAUCAAUAUAUUGAGGAGCAUUGACAUACACUCUCCUCCAUAAUUUUGGCGAAACUGACUCCCCAUUGGAUUACAAAAAUGUAUUUGAAGCUCUGUAACUUUAAUAUAAGUUAACUUGACGUAACGCAUGCAAAAAAGUUGAACAAUUCAGUUUUCUAUAUAAAGAUAUCCCGAAAUUCAAUUUGCCCUGAACCCACCAUUUCCCACUUGUUUACAUGGGAGUGGCAAUUUUCAAAAAUUCACCAAAUGUGUCAUUACUUUGGAUCUAUUUGGGAAAAUUUGGAGUUAUUGUAUUUGAAAUAAAGUUAAUUUACACAUCCCCUUACAUGUAUUUUCAUUGCAAGAUACAUAACCAAAAUUUUCAAACAUAAAGAAGCUUUAACGAGUAACCCAAUGGUGAGUUAGGGUUUCCAUACUAAUAUGAACUGAAGUGUCGAGUAAUGAACUCAUGUGUUAUUGAAGCAAUAUUUAAGUUUUCUAUCAUACACCUGGAAAUGUCACACACUGCCAUCUAUACAAGUCAACAACAAUUAUUAUUGAAAUGACAGGAAAUGGAAUAAAAUAUCUAGAGUCUAUAUCUGGCAUGUUGGAUCUUUGAUGCAAGAAGGAAUGACUCCCAGGGUUCCAACU